UGUGGCGGCGUCGACUGGUCGGCGCCCGGCGCCGUGGUGUCGGUGCUGGCGCUGGCGCUGCUCAACACCACCGUGGUGACAGGCAACGGACUGGUGAUGGCGGCUAUCGCCACCUCGGCGCGGCUCCGCACCACCACGCACCUGUUCAUCGGCUCGCUGGCGGCGGCCGACCUGCUCGUGGGCCUGCUGGUGCUGCCGUUCUCGGCCUCGCUCCAGCUGACCGGCAGCUGGCUGUUCGGCCCCGCCUGGUGCUCCAUAUGGCUGGCCACGGACGUGUGGUGCUGCACCGCUUCCAUCCUCAACCUGUGCGCCAUCAGCCUGGACCGCUUCCUGGCCGUGACGCGGCCUGUCAGCUACCCGAGCCUCAUGUCGACGCGGCGCGCGCGCGCCCUGGUGGCGGCCGUCUGGUUCGUGGCGUUCAUCAUUGCGCUGCCGCCGCUGAUGGGUCAGCGCGAGAGCGGCGCCGGGCCGGCAGACGCACUCUGUCCGGUCACUGAGUGUCGGCUCAUCAGCGAGCGCGGCUACGUGGUGUACUCGGCGGUCGGCUCGUUCUUCCUACCCUGCUUCAUCAUGCUGUUCUUCUACUGGCGCAUCUACCGCGCCGCCGCCUCCACCACGCGCUCCAUCAACAAGGGCUUCAAGACGAUCGACCACGAGUCGUGGCGGAGCCGCGCCAGCGAGGAGCGCGUCACGCUGCGCAUCCACCGCGGCCGCGGCGCGGCCGACUGCCGGCUCAAGAUCGGCGUCAACAAGCUGAACCUGAAGGCGCACGCCAAGCGGUUCCGCGUCGAGACGAAGGCAGCCAAGACGCUGGCCGUGCUAAUCGGCGUGUUCGUACUCUGCUGGCUGCCGUUCUUCACGCUGUACCUGGCGCGGCCGUUCUGUGAGCGCUGCUUCAGCGACACCGUGUUCACGCUCUGCUUCUGGCUCGGCUACUGCAACUCGGCCAUCAACCCGGCGCUGUACGCCUGCUUCAGCCAGGACUUCCGCACGGCCUUCAGGCGCAUCCUGGGCCGGAUGACGUGCUGGGCCGCCGCCAAGCAGGACAGCCUUGUCAUGGUUUCUUUCCACGCGUACUGCGACGACAGCGCGCCGAGCAGCCAGCUGGUGGCGGGGGAGCCCGUCUGA